AUGGCAGAUGACGCAGGAAGGCGAAUGAUGGACCUGCUUACGCGUGAUCAAGUGGUGUCGGAUAGUCGCGACCAAGGCCCGGUUCCACGCCCAGGCCGCAACGAUGAAUUUGACGAGUAUGUCCUCAAGACGUUUGGGACCUUUGAUCCCAAUUCGGGUGUAGAUCUAAAGGAGCUACGCAGGGCAGCAUGGCGCACUUGGCGUACCGCGGGGCCAAGCACUGCAGGGCCUAGCCGGUCCGCGCGGUUGGAGGAGGAGGACGACGAGUUCGCACGAGCCCUGGCGAUAUCAGCUGAGGAUUUCAAGAAGGCUCAGGGGAGCAGAAACCGGCCCAUCGUGAUUGACAGUGACGACGACGACAAUGACAACAACGACGACGUCCAGUUUGCGAUAUCAGCGUCCGUUGAGGAGGGGCGCCUGGCUAAGCGGCGCCGGGAAGAGACUCCAGAUGAGGAGAGGCAGGCACUUGCUGACGCAAUUGCAGCGUCGCUUCAGGAGUCAAAGGAAGAGAAGGAGGAGGAGGAAGAGGAUUCGGACGCAGAGAUCGAAAGAGCUAACGCGGCGUACCAAGCUUCGCGUGCAGCUUCACGCGAGAGACAAACACGCGAGCGGGAAGCCAGACGCGCGGCCACUGACGGUCUGUCGUCCAAGGCGCCGUCUGUGGCAUCGUCAGCACGCCCAAGCCCUCCGCCAAAAGCGGAGGGCCACAAGCCGGUUGCCAGUGGCCUGAGUGCCCUGGGUAUUGACCGGGCACAGCUCGAACGUGAGCGUCUCGCGCGUCAGGCCCAGCGUUCUGCGAGUAGCAGUACGCAGCCUGAGGCAGGCCCAUCGGUCACCCAGCGAAGCCGCACCCGGGCGACUGCUUCCAUUCGCCUCUCCAAUCACCCGCUGCAGUCACAGGGGCCAUUUCCUACGGAUGCUGCUGGAGAAUAUUACCUCGACGGCGAGCUGCGGCAUGUGCGCCUCCAGAUUGGAAACUCCACCACGGACAACACGUUCACCCCCCAAAACGUCUUCGGCCAGCGAGACCAGAUCGCACUCGUCAUUGUGUCAGCGUACUGCUGGGAUCCCGACUGGAUUGAGUCCUUCAUGCCUCCGCCCGAGUCCUGUCCGACGAUCCGGAUCCUUCGCCCUCCCGUCAAUGACCAAUUCGAACGGCGGCGAAUGGCAGGCAAGUUGAAGCCCCUCGGAAACGGCGAAGUUCAAGUGUACCCUGCAAUGGACGGCAAGACUGGCUCUGAGCACAUGAAGUUUGCAUGGAUCUGGUACAAGACAGGUCGCCUUCGCGUAUCGAUCAUGACCGCCAACAUGGUGGACUACGACUGGGAGCAGAUCGAAAAUACUGUCUUCGUGCAGGACUUCUUGCCGAAGGGCCAGACACUGGGAUCAGCCCCGACUCCAGACUCUGCCCUUCCCGACUUUCCCGACCAGUUCUGUCGCCUUUUCGCCCACCUCAAGGUGAACAAGGCACUCACUUGGCACAUCAAGAACCAUCCCCAGGGAAAGAACGUCCCGAUCUCGGACGACCUUGGGUUUGGCGACUUGAAGAGGUACGACUGGAGUCGCGUGCAGGUGCGGCUUGUCAUGAGCGUGGCCGGAACGUACAGCGGCUUCAAGGACAUGCCCCAGUACGGCAUCUGCCGUCUCGGCAAUGUUCUGGCUGAGGAAGGCUGGCAGCCGCGAAGGGACGAGGGGGUUGUCGCUGAGUAUCAGGGUUCAUCCCUGGGGAGGUACAGCCUUGACUGGUACAACUGCUUCUAUCAGCUGUGCUGCGGGAAGGACCUGCAGACCAUCUCACGGGCGGGCAAAGCACUCGCGUGGCCGCCUCUCAAGAUCAUCUUUCCCAGUCUGGCGACGGUGGACGCCAGUAUCAACGGGCGACCGAUGCUCAUUGCUCUGUUUGAGCCCAACUCGUCGGGCCUUGGAUUCAGCUCAUCCUCGAAGCAGGGCAAGCGCAAGGUCGAUGAGGUUGUCAGCGAGAACGAGGGUGUCGGCGGUUGGGUCUACGUCGGGAGCCAUAACUUCUCUCCAUCCGCUUGGGGCACCGUCAACUUCAAGAACUCCCCGCCAACUCUCAACAUAAGCAACUAUGAGCUCGGCAUUGUCUUCCCACUUCGUCGCGGCAAGGCCGAGGCCAUGGCUAACCAUAUCGCCGCCCAUAAGCGCCCUCCACGCUCAUACACCAAACGUGAUGAGCCAUGGGAUCAGAAGAAGUACCUACCCAGCAAUUAA